CUUCAACACACCUGCAAUUGACAACUUUCAUCCAUCUCUGCACACCACAUAUGCAUGUCUGCUAGGGAACAUCGCUCACAGUCGUUCGACAGGGACGACGAGUGUGAGCAAGGCUAUCAAAUGGCAAGCCUCGGCCAGUCUACGGCGGGCUCAAGGACGACAUCUGCUGCCAAUGGUUAUGCAGUCCGCGGCGAUGCGAGACCACAAUCGUCCCCCUCUGCCUCCCCAUUGUCUUCCUCUUUCAGCAUCUUCUCCAUCCUUCACCCCUCACCUAUCGCCCUCUUUUCCCUCUCUUUCUUCCUGCUCGGCCUCUUGAACAAUGCCCUCUACGUCGUCAUCCUCACCUCAGCACUCGAGCUCCUCCCUCAAGGCGUACCCACGGGUCUAGUCGCAUUGGCCAACAUCGGUCCAGCCUUGGUCGCCAAAGCCAUCUGGCCUUAUGCGCUCAAGGGCAGGGUACGCUAUGCCCGCCGCGUGUGGGCCUGUACGGCGCUCAGCACAGCAGGAAUUCUCGUAGUCGCACUUGUGCCCACGCUGGGAGCUCGACUGGUCGGCAUCUCCAUGGCGAGCUUCUCGAGUGGGCUGGGCGAGUUGACUUUCCUCCAGCUCUGCACGACGUACGGUGUCGUGCGAGCUGGUAGGGGUGUGGGGUGGUUCGCAAGUGGGACUGGCGCCGCAGGGCUGUUUGGCGCCGGAGCGUGGUGGGUCGUACGACCUUUGGGAGUCAAGGGAGGCUUGGGUCUUUUGAGCGCCUUACCCCUCUUCAUGGCUGCAAGCUACUUUCUUGUGCUGCCGUCUGUGGAGCAGCUUAGGGAUUUCGAGACGAAGGCGGUAUUUGCUGCAAGAGGGGGAGGGUAUCAAGCGGUGCCAGGCGGAGAGGCUGCGGACGACGACGAUGACGACGACGACCACGGUCAAGAAGCCGGCAGCGACGAUGGUCGCCAAGACACUGCUAGUGGCGCUCGGCCCUCAACAACGAUAGACUCGAUGCAUUCAUCCAGCGCACCCACCCUAACCCCCCUGCCGCGAGGUUUGGAUGAGACUAUUCCCUCGGAGCACAAGCAAGUCCGCCUCUCCUUCAAUGACAAGCUGGCCCUCCUGCGCCCAAUGCUCCUCCCCUUUAUCCUUCCGCUGGUCCUCGUCUACCUAGCUGAAUACACCAUAAACCAAGGCGUGGCACCCACGCUCCUUUACCCUGUUCCCCAACCAUCACGGCACCUCUUGCUCUCCUGGCUGAUCAAGAAGCUAAGCGACUACUACCCGCUCUACCAGUUGACAUAUCAGGCUUUCGUCUUUCUUUCCAGGAGCUCAAUCAGCCUGCUGGGCCUGCCACCCAUCCCAAAGCGACUACUUUGGAUGCCGGCUUUUGUGCAAGUGGGAAUAUUGGGCCUUUUGGCCUCCGAGAGUGUAUAUGCGUGGUUCAGAGAGAGUCUUGCGAGGAGCCUGUGCUUGGUCUUCGUGGGAAUCGAGGGGCUGGCCGGGGGAUGGGCUUAUGUCUCUGUCUUCUACCAGAUUGGGACCAACCAGCGAGAGGCUGUCACGACCAGCAGAGGGGUGGAUGAGGAGGGCGUAGAAAGUGAGGACGACGAGGUCGCGCAGGCCGACCUGGUCCGGCGAGGUCAGGAGCAAGAGUUCCGCGUAGGCUGCGUAGGCGUAGGCGACUCGCUCGGUAUUCUCGUCGCUAGCCUGGUCUCGAUGCCCCUGCAGCUUGGUCUUUGCGAUGCUCAAGUGAGCAGGGGACGAGAUCUCUGCCGCCAGGUGUAAUCUUAUGCUACCCCUUGCUCUACUUGCCCUUCGUACGAUCAUGAAUGGAGUAAUUGCCGUAGUCCUUGCCCGUCUCGUAAAGCUCCCACCGACUGGCAGGGAAGAUAUGCUUGUUUCUGUUGUACCACGUCCGAUCCACCACUUUGCCAGCGUGACUCUCAUCUUUCUCGACCG